AGUAUCGAAGCCUAAAAGAAGGGGUUGAAGCGACGAAGACAUAUAUAUAUAGAGGUCCCCCAAUGUCCGGAUUAGAACUGUGUUCGUGGAUGGGACGAAACACCAGAUUCUUCUAUCCAUAGUCUGAAAUCGAGUGCCACAAUGUCCACAGUCAACAUCGUCAAAUAUUACUUCCACAAAGAUCAUAUACCCAGGACUGCAGAGCGGAUGCAACAAUUAGUAGCCUUAGCAUACCAGACCGCAAGAGAUAGACAACUGUACCCACGAGCAGUUUUCAUUCGAUCGGAGCUUCAUGCCACGACUUCCAUUAAUGGUGUCCGUCAACAAGACCCGAAGGGCCUUCAUGUCACUCUCUGCUACAAAGACGACGAGCAGCUGCGCAAGGGCACACACGUUGCCUGUCACGGCUAUGUGAUUGACGCGGAGAACAUGGCAUUCAGGGAGGCUACUUAUGCUGGAGAAAAAUCCGACUCGACUAAGAAAAGAAACAAAAACCGCACUCCUGUGUGGCCGUCUGCGGACGAGCUUUACGCUGCGCCCGAAAUCGGCUAUGGUCACUGGGAUUAGAUAGAGGAAGCAAGCAGGGUGACACUGAGAGUCAUUGCAGAAGCAAUGGUCGUAGGAUUCGUAAAGGAAUCUGGGAUCUUUGGUGAAUUCGGAUGCCUCAAUGGGACAGGGGAAGAAUAUAGGAGGAGCAGAUUUUCUAGAGAUAAAUAGGUCUCGAGUAGAAUAGAAAUAGCUGCUUGUAUUUUGCUGUUGUUUAUUUUGAGAGGUCCCCG